CACACCCUCUAAAACUACCCAUCCCUUCCACCAUGGUCUCUGGAAUGCCUUAGGUAAUAAAUUUUUAUUUUAAAUCUUUUCCUUUCCCAAUUCCUUCCAUCUUCUGGCUCUUAUUGAGACUUGCCUCCCUCCCAAUGACAUGGUCUCUCCAGCUUCCCUUUCUAGCACUGGCUGCCCUUUGACUUAUUCCCCUACUUACUGGUUAAGAUGGAAGAGUUGGGAUACUCCUUGCUCCCUGUUGCCACCUCCAGGUUCUUCCUCCAUCACCAUCAUUCUUUAAUCCUCCUUCAUUGAGAUUUAUUCAUACCAUAACUACUACUCAAUCACAAUUCUGGAGGCUGUUGUCUCCAAGACAUUUCCCGUCUUUCCUCAGUGAGUUCAAUGCCUACCUCACAGUCUUUAUUCUCAACUCCUGCCCUGUUACUUGGGUAUAGCCAUAGUCUUGAUCUUGUCAUCUCCCUCAAAUGCACCACUUUCAUUCUCUUAAACUCUGAAAUUCCCAUAUCUGAUUAAUAAAUUGUCAUUCCACCUCUCUUUGUGCCUUGUAACCCUAUGUUCUUCACCCACACUAUGGCCCCCAAUUCCUUGACACCUCAGUUCUACCAUCACCUCUGUACUAGCUACGCUCUUCUUCCUUUCCCCAUCUUGAUCUCUUGGUGAGCCACUUAAAGUCUACACUGUCUGGUUCUUUCGAGUGCCUUGCCCUUUUGUAUUGUCGAUCUUGCCCUGCUAAACCUCAGCCUUAUAUCACUCUGGAUUACUCCCACCAUUAGCAACCUUUGCUCCAAUAGUGCUGCUGAGUGAAGCUAGAGAAAACCAUGAAACUAUGCUGAUUUAUCUUUACAGAUUUGUCUUAUAUAACCUCUUUACUUUUCAUAUGUCCUUAAUUAACUCACUAUUCCCCUCACCUCAGCGGCUCUUCCAAACUUUUUUAUGCCUCUUCAAACAUCCUGUGGCUCCCCCUCCUAUCCUCUCAUCUAAGAACCUUGCUUCAUAUUUUAGUGAAAAAAUUUGAAGUCAUUCAACAAGAGUUCCCGCUUACCUCCUCCUCAUCCAGAUGCCUUCUGCCACUGUCUUGUUGGAGUAAAAGAACUCCAGUCCUUCAGAUUAUCAAGGAAUCCCAACAGCAACAUGGUUUACGGCAUGGAGAUUUUCAGAGAUACAGGGGCUAUUGUUCCCGUAGGCAAAGACGUCUUCGAAAAACACUCAACUUUAAGAUGGGGAAUAGACACAAAUUCACAGGAAAAAAAGUAACUGAAGAGCUUCUAUCUGACAACAGAUACUUGCUUUUGAUUUUGAUGGAUGCUGAAAGAGCCUGGAGUUAUGCCAUGCAGCUUAAACAAGAAGCAAAUACUGAACCUCGGAAACGGUUUCAUUUGUUAUCUCGACUUCGAAAAGCUGUGAAGCAUGCCGAGGAACUGGAACGCUUAUGUGAGAGUAAUAGGGUGGAUGCCAAGACUAAAUUAGAGGCUCAGGCUUACAUGGCUUACCUAACAGGAAUGCUGCGCUUUGAACAUCAGGAGUGGAAGGCAGCAAUGGAGGCUUUUAACAAAUGCAAAACCAUCUAUGAAAAGCUAGCCAGUGCUUUUACUGAGGAACAGGCUAUAUUAUAUAAUCAGCGAGUGGAAGAGAUUUCACCCAACAUACGCUAUUGUGCCUAUAAUAUUGGGGACCAGUCAGCUAUUAGUGAAUUGAUGCAGAUGAGACUGAGAUCUGGUGGUACUGAGGGUCUUCUGGCUGAGAAAUUGGAGUCAUUGAUCACCCAGACUCGAGCCAAGCAGGCAGCUACUAUGAGUGAAGUAGAGUGGAGAGGGAGAACUGUUCCAGUAAAGAUUGACAAAGUGAGAAUCUUCUUACUGGGAUUGGCCGACAAUGAAGCAGCCAUUAAUCAGGCUGAAAGUGAAGAAACCAAGGAACGUCUGUUUGAGUCCUUGCUUAGUGAAUGUCGGGAUACUAUCCAAGCUGUCCGGGAAGAGCUCAAGCCAGAUCAGAAACAAAGGGAGAACAGCCUUGACGGAGAGUCUGGAAAAGUUUCUAAUUUGCAAUACCUACACAGCUACCUGACUUUCAUCAAGCUGUCCACUGCAAUCAAGAGGAACGAAAGCAUGGCAAAGGGUCUUCAGAAGGCACUGCUGCAGCAGCAGCCAGAGGAUGACAGCAAGCGCUCUCCUAGGCCCCAGGACCUGAUCCGCCUCUAUGACAUCAUCCUCCAGAAUCUAGUGGAACUCCUUGCAUUGCCUGGCUUAGAGGAGGACAAAGGUUUCAAAAAAGAGAUAGGACUCAAGACACUGGUAUACAAGGCUUACAGGUGUUUCUUCAUUGCUCAAUCUUACGUGCUGGUGAAGAAAUGGAGUGAAGCCCUUGUCCUGUACGACCGAGUCCUAAAAUAUGCCGGUGAAGUGCAGUCUCAAGCAGGAGCCUCCCAGAACAGCCUAAAGGAACUACCUGAUGUCCAGGAACUGAUUACUCAGGUGAAAUCAGAAAAAUACUCUCUACAGGCAGCUGCUAUCUUAGAUACAAAUGACCCCCAUGAAACAGAAUGUCCUUCCCAAGUCAAGGACAAUAAGCCUCUUGUUGAACGUUUUGACACUUUUUACCUGGAUCCUUCUCUCGUCAGCAAGCAAGCCAACCUCGUUCACUUCCCACCAGGCUUCAAACCCAUCCCUUGCAAGCCCUUGUUCUUUGAUCUGGCCCUCAACCAUGUGGCUUUCCCACCCCUAGAAGACAAGGUGGAACAGAAGACCAAGAGUGGCCUAACUGGAUAUAUUAAGGGCAUUUUUGGAUUCAGGAGCUAAUUGAUCUUCUACAGUGGGGGAUUUAGAUUCUUACUCUGUAUUGUAAGAAAGCUUCAGAAUAUUAAAUUCAGGUCUGAAAUUGCCCAGGGUGGGGGUCUUAACAUCUUCCCUAUGUCCUGUGUGUAUGCACUCGCAUACUUAACCAUUGUGUUAGAGGGAAACCAUGCUCUUUUCCUGAUCAAUGUGUGUGUUUAUUCUGUCUCCCCUAAGACCUGGGUAGGGGGCAAUGCCAUUCUGUCCCGUGAAACUCUUGGAACUUAUAUUUCAAUCAGCAUUGCAUUCAGGGAGAGUACAUACCAGUCAUGGACCACACCUAGAAUCAUAUUUUUCCCAUCAGUAAAAUGGAUUUUCAGCCAACCUGUCCUUCCUAUGGGGAUAAUUGUUGAGCAUCUAGACUCCUUGGAUGACGUUUAUCAUUACUAUGAAAAUGUAUAAAAUGUUGGUCCUGCCUUACUUCUUACCCCCAACUCAGUUAUAAAGAGCUGUAGCAUAAGAAAGGAUCUUUAUUUUUAAAGGAAAUAUGUUCUGAAAUGAUGAAACCAAACCUUGUAUUAAAAGGCAAGGGUAGUAGACACCAUAAUACAUUUUUAUAUAACCUAAUUUAAUGUUUAGUGGUAUCUUCCUAAGUUUAAACCUUGCUACUACCUUGAUUUUUCCUUUCAGGGUGACAUCCUGUUGUGUGUGCACCCUAUCAAGGCCUACCUGGUAAUUUUGCUAUUGACGAUGCUAGAUAAGGAUACAUUAGAGGAGCCAUCUUUAAAAAGAAAAAUUCUAUCUUGACAUUUCUAGAGUCAACUUACUCUUGUACAUGUCAGUGUUCUUCCUUACCCUUCCAUUUUACAAUGGAGUUUCUUGCCUUGUCCAUUUCAACACUCACACCAGACUUUCUCCUUUACCUCUUAAUGUGACAGUAAGUUGCUCUGAAUGGAAUUUUAUUGUCAAAAAGAUUAGAAUUUUUAAUGAGGCAAUGGGAAGAGCUUGUGCUACUAUAUUUAGUAUUAAAGACAGUCAAGAAAAUGGAUUUCGCCCAGGAGCAUUCUCUCCACAUAGCCUAGUCAGCCUUUCACGUAGUGUCACUGGACAAGAGGCUAUAAGACAGCCAGAUUUAAAUAUAUGUACAUCUCCUGAUCAUCGGAUGCAAUCAAGUUGUUCCUAUGGUUGGCUUUGUUGUGGAUGGAUUCAGGAUGAGCAUUCUGCACAGAGCUGCUCAGAUUGAUCUCUGGACUGUUUUAUACAAUGACAUUUUAGAAACCAAACAAAAUGCUUCCACUGGGAAAGGAAGUGGGGAAUGAAAUUUUCUGGUAUUAUGAAUUUGACAUGCACUUUGUCCUAAGUGGGUGAUUUUCAUGUUCCUUUGAUCCAUUGCCUUCUGACCACUCUGGUACCAUCAACAGUAGGGUUUGACCCACCAAGAACCUUCUGUCUCCCAAAGUGGGGAGAAGAGUGGAGGUUGGGGGGAAGAGAAACAAUCCAGUCUCCGUUUAUAUUUUUAAAACAUAUGCCUAGAUCUACUGGUGUUAAUUUUCAUUUUAAUCUAUGAGAUGUAUAGUUUGGGUGAAGGGGAACAGGGUUCCCCAAGCAAGCAAGAUUUAAUCUGAAGGAGCAGAUGUUAGCUGCUGUCUUUUUAUUUUAAUUUAUCAAGUAAUGAAAUUUUAAACACAUCAUUUUGGGAAGGUAAUGAUUUAUCCCAAUCUGUCUUUCUUAAUGCCUGUUUGUUCUGUUUAGGAAAAUGUUGAGUUGAGUCAGCUGAUGGAUUGGCCCAGCCCCUCUCUGCUGUGCCUCCUGGCUUUUUCCUCCUUUCAUGUACAUUGUUUUGAUGUUCUGUCUCUUUUUCCAGUUUUACAUUAAAUCAAGUGAGAGUUCUUUGUUUCCCUGUUUAAAAUAAAACAUUGAUCUGGCUGAG